UACGCCUACCCAACCCCAUGUAUACCCACAUGCUACCUUUUAAGAUGACCGUGGGUUAGCUACUCUGGGGACAUCUGUGGAUGAGCUUUUCACUCUCUUCCAGUUUAAUUUUGAAAAUUUUGAUUCCUGGUGCUUCCCAAACUGUUUGUUGUCUCCAUUUUUUAUAUUUAAUCUUGUAGUCAUAAUGUUGAUUACAAAUUAAUACAUUUAUGUGCCCGGGAUCCAGGAAUCCUGGUUUUGGUGGCAAUUUCCCUUGAUUUUAUUGAGCCUUUAAGUUGGUCCCUUUACAUUUUUAUUUCUAGUUCACAAUCCAGAAAACAUUAUUAAUAAGAAUUCAGUUUUGGGGAGACGAGGGGUCAUACAUUUUGUCUUGAGUCAGAGCACCAGCCUUGGGGACCCUGGACCACUAUCAUGGAGACUGAGAGCGAGCAGAACUCCAACUCCACCAAUGGGAGUUCCAGCUCAGGGGGCAGCUCUCGGCCCCAGAUAGCUCAAAUGUCACUAUAUGAACGCCAAGCAGUGCAGGCUCUGCAGGCACUGCAGCGGCAGCCCAAUGCAGCUCAGUAUUUCCACCAGUUCAUGCUCCAGCAGCAGCUCAGUAAUGCCCAGCUGCAUAGCCUGGCUGCCGUCCAGCAGGCCACAAUUGCUGCCAGUCGGCAGGCCAGCUCCCCAAACACCAGCACUACACAGCAGCAGACUACCACCACCCAGGCCUCGAUCAAUCUGGCCACCACAUCGGCCGCCCAGCUCAUCAGCCGAUCCCAGAGUGUGAGCUCUCCCAGUGCUACCACCUUGACCCAAUCUGUGCUACUGGGGAACACCACCUCCCCACCCCUCAACCAGUCUCAGGCCCAGAUGUAUCUACGGCCACAGCUGGGAAACCUAUUGCAGGUAAACCGAACCCUGGGUCGGAAUGUGCCUCUAGCCUCCCAACUCAUCCUGAUGCCUAAUGGGGCAGUGGCUGCAGUCCAGCAGGAAGUGCCAUCUGCUCAGUCUCCUGGAGUUCAUGCAGAUGCAGAUCAGGUGCAGAACUUGGCAGUAAGGAAUCAACAGGCCUCAGCUCAAGGACCUCAAAUGCAAGGCUCCACUCAGAAGGCCAUUCCUCCAGGAGCCUCCCCUGUCUCUAGCCUCUCCCAGGCCUCUAGCCAGGCCCUGGCGGUGGCACAGGCUUCCUCUGGGGCCACAAACCAGUCCCUCAACCUUAGUCAAGCUGGUGGAGGCAGUGGGAAUAGCAUCCCAGGGUCCAUGGGUCCAGGUGGAGGUGGCCAGGCACAUGGUGGUUUGGGUCAGUUGCCUUCCUCAGGAAUGGGUGGUGGGAGCUGUCCCAGGAAGGGCACAGGAGUGGUACAGCCCUUGCCUGCAGCCCAAACAGUGACUGUGAGCCAGGGCAGCCAGACAGAGGCAGAAAGUGCAGCAGCCAAGAAGGCAGAAGCAGAUGGGAGUGGCCAGCAGAAUGUGGGCAUGAACCUGACACGGACAGCCACACCUGCGCCCAGCCAGACACUUAUUAGCUCAGCCACCUACACACAGAUCCAGCCCCAUUCACUGAUUCAGCAACAGCAACAGAUCCACCUCCAGCAGAAACAGGUGGUGAUCCAGCAGCAGAUUGCCAUCCACCACCAGCAGCAGUUCCAGCACCGGCAGUCCCAGCUCCUUCACACAGCUACACACCUCCAGUUGGCGCAGCAGCAGCAGCAGCAACAACAGCAACAGCAACAACAGCAGCAGCCGCAAGCCACCACCCUCACUGCCCCUCAGCCACCACAGGUCCCACCUACUCAGCAGGUCCCACCUUCCCAGUCCCAGCAGCAAGCCCAAACCCUGGUCGUUCAGCCCAUGCUUCAGUCUUCACCCUUGUCUGUUCCACCUGAUGCAGCCCCUAAGCCACCAAUUCCCAUCCAAUCCAAACCACCUGUAGCACCUAUCAAGCCACCUCAGUUAGGGGCUGCUAAGAUGUCAGCUACCCAGCAACCACCACCCCAUAUCCCUGUGCAAGUUGUAGGCACUCGACAGCCAGGUACAGCCCAGGCACAGGCUUUGGGGUUGGCACAGCUGGCAGCUGCUGUACCUACUUCCCGGGGGAUGCCAGGUACAGUGCAGUCUGGUCAGGCCCAUUUGGCCUCCUCGCCACCUUCAUCCCAGGCUCCUGGUGCACUGCAAGAGUGCCCUCCCACAUUGGCCCCUGGGAUGACCCUUGCUCCUGUGCAGGGGACAGCACAUGUGGUAAAGGGUGGGGCUACCACCUCCUCACCUGUUGUAGCCCAGGUCCCUGCUGCCUUCUAUAUGCAGUCUGUGCACUUGCCGGGUAAACCCCAGACACUGGCUGUCAAACGCAAGGCUGACUCUGAGGAGGAGAGAGAUGAUGUGUCCACAUUGGGUUCAAUGCUUCCUGCCAAGGCAUCUCCAGUAGCAGAGAGCCCAAAAGUCAUGGACGAGAAGAGCAGUCUUGGAGAAAAAGCUGAAUCGGUGGCUAAUGUGAAUGCUAAUACCCCAAGCAGUGAACUAGUAGCCUUGACCCCCGCCCCAUCAGUACCGCCUCCUACACUAGCCAUGGUGUCUAGACAAAUGGGUGACUCAAAACCCCCACAGGCCAUCGUGAAGCCCCAGAUCCUCACCCACAUCAUUGAAGGCUUUGUUAUCCAGGAAGGAGCAGAACCUUUCCCGGUGGGUUGUUCUCAGUUACUGAAGGAGUCUGAGAAACCACUACAGACUGGCCUUCCGACAGGGCUGACUGAGAAUCAGUCAGGUGGCCCUUUGGGAGUGGACAGCCCAUCUGCCGAGUUAGAUAAGAAGGCGAAUCUCCUGAAGUGCGAGUACUGUGGGAAGUACGCCCCCGCAGAGCAGUUUCGUGGCUCUAAGAGGUUCUGCUCCAUGACUUGCGCUAAGAGGUACAAUGUGAGCUGUAGCCAUCAGUUCCGGCUGAAGAGGAAAAAAAUGAAAGAGUUUCAAGAAGCCAACUAUGCUCGCGUUCGCAGGCGUGGACCCCGCCGCAGCUCCUCUGACAUUGCCCGUGCCAAGAUUCAGGGCAAGUGCCACCGGGGUCAAGAAGACUCUAGCCGGGGUUCAGAUAAUUCCAGUUAUGAUGAAGCACUCUCUCCAACAUCUCCUGGGCCUUUAUCAGUAAGAGCUGGGCAUGGAGAACGUGACCUGGGGAAUCCCAAUACAGCUCCACCUACACCGGAAUUACAUGGCAUCAACCCUGUGUUCCUGUCCAGUAAUCCCAGCCGUUGGAGUGUAGAGGAGGUGUACGAGUUUAUUGCUUCUCUCCAAGGCUGCCAAGAGAUUGCAGAGGAAUUUCGCUCACAGGAGAUUGAUGGACAGGCCCUUUUAUUACUUAAAGAAGAACAUCUUAUGAGUGCCAUGAACAUCAAGCUGGGCCCUGCUCUCAAGAUCUGCGCCAAGAUAAACGUCCUCAAGGAGACCUAAGGUGGCCCACUUGCACAAACCAGCCUAAGGCAGACACUCCCCACUGUCCAGGUUAUAACCUGGCACCAGCAGAGACUUUGCAGGGAAGGAAGAGUUGUUCCAAUCAUGUAAACCUUCUGUAGGGGAUUACUGAGACAGGGAAGAGAAGUGCAAGAAUUGGUUGCUGGUGCUACGUGGCGGCAGCUUUGACAUUUUCUCUGGGUUCUACUUUAUUUUGUAAAAUCUUUAUAAUUCUCACCAUUUCACCUACCUUAGUCCAAUCUUUAUAAAAGAGGCAGUCUAGAGAACUAGGACUGCUCAGCCUUAUCCUGGAGUGGAGCAUUUAGCCCAGGUCGUAAUUCUCCAAGAGGACGAAUACAUAGUAUGGUAAGGCAAGGAACUGGGUGGAAUGUCAGGUUGCCUGCCCAAUGGGAGAGGUAGGGUUUUUCUAGCUUGUGUGACAGAAGUAGCAAAAUCUGGUACUCCCCCUCCCAGUGUAGCUGUGGCUCAGAGUUUUCUCUUUGUUGUCACUUACUCCCUUGUGAUUGAAUUUUUUUCUCCUGCAUCCAUGGCAGGAUCCCCAGCCAGCACAGAGACUUGGUUGGCAUCUUUCUUAUGCUGCAGGGACUUAAGUUUUUGACUGGGGCACAUGUGGCUGUUGUCAUUCUUUCUGCAUCCCACUGUUCCCCUCCAAUUUAUGUUAUUUUCUACCCUAUUUUUCAGUUCCAACUCUGCUCUGUCCUAUAGCUUUAUAAAACCAGAGUGCGUGGGGCUGAGGUCAGGAGUAUAAGUACCUGCCUUAGGCACUAUUCCUUAUAUAACAAAAAUAUUAAAUAUUUUUUUCCUCAGUAAAAGGAUGAAAAUUGG